AUGAAGUUUGCCCAAGAGUUUAGGAAGUCUCUCCAACGAGGAGGCUUCCCUCAGAAAUGGGUCGACUCUGCCGUCCCUUACCGCCAACUUAAAAAGUGCCUUAAGAAAGUCACCCAGGAGCUUUGUGAGCUCGGGCUAGAUAAGGACACUGUAGCACGAUUAGCCGCCGGCGCAAAGCAUCCUUCCACCGUUGGCUUCCACUAUAUAUUCGAUGGGAAGGAUGGAGCUUCCAAGCAUUUUCGCCCGAAGCUGACUUUUUUCAUCCACAUCCAGGAUGAGGUAGCCGUCGACGCGCAACUAACGCCGCCAACGAGAUCCUUUUUAGAAACGAUCGCUUCAAGGGCACCGAAGGCACUAACGGAUUGGCCCGAUCAAGUAGAAUCGCCCGCUAUGACCGAAUCCAUCGAUGAUUCCAACCCCGGCGAAGCCCCUGUCUUGCGAUCAAACCCAUCCCCGGUUCGACGGGUUGAGGUACCUUUGGUCUUCGAUGGCGAAUUCUUCGACAUUUUGCAGACCGACGUCUCGAACCUAGACGCCCUGCAGGAAGAAGAGCAGGAUAAAUUGGUAAACCAGAUCACGACCUUGGGGCAUGAGAUUAGCAAAGCCACGAAACCGACGAGAGGGCGGAAAGCAAGGGACGACCUGGAGAUUUGGCGGGGCAUCUUUGUGUCGUAUGUUGACGCCUGUGUCUUCUUCUCCACUCGGGAGAUCGACCACGGCGCAAGGACGAGUGCCCAAGCCGUGAUGCAACUUCAGUGGUUCCAAGACCAGGUCCUUUCAAGAAAGCUCAUCCAGCGGCUCCGGCUCGACAAAAGCCGGCAGGCCUACAUCAGGUUUCUCAAUAUGAACGCCUUACUGCUGCAGAUGCUCAAGUUUCAGGAAAUGAACAGCCUAGCUGUGACGAAAAUACUUAAGAAAUUCGAUAAGAGGACUUCCCUCGGCGUUUCUCGGGUAUUUCCGACAACCGUUCAGUCGACCCACCUCUUUGCGGGGAGUGCAGCUAGAGACAUAUGCGCGCAAAUGUCUAGCGAGCUCAUCGCCGUCGUCCCGCAGCUUGAUGAUUAUCUCUGCCCUAUCUGCUUCGCCGUCGCCUACUGGCCGAUUCGACUGGAUUGCCAGCAUGUAUUCUGCAGUAGGUGCCUAGUGAAGAUGUCGCGGAAGGUUGAGAAAUAUUGUCCUCUAUGCCGAGCCGAGGUGCUCAUGCAAGCCGGGCUGGAUAAUUUGGAUAGUAAACGUGCUGCCUUCCUCCGCGAAUAUUUCCCAAAAGAAGUCAAGGAGAAAAUUCGGGCCAAUGAACGGGAACGAAAUAGGGAGAUAUUUGGACCCAACUACUCAGAUUCGCCUUGUUCCGUGAUGUGA